UUUUUCAGUGUGCUGUACUGAAAAUUGAGCUUAAUGAUGGGAUCUGAGGAUGUGGAAGUUCAGUGUCAAACUCAGUCAGCUUCAGCUAGUGUUCCUUGUGAAUCUGGAGCUUCAUAUGGCAUUGCGACAGUGCCAUUUGUAGCUUCAGUUUCUGUAGCUCCCAAUAGGUCUGGAACUGGAACUCCCGUCUCUGCAGGCGCCGUCAUGUUGGCCCAGUCUGCAGCCUCGCAUACUCCCCCUCAGAAUGUAGCGGUCCAGCCAUCAGUAGCGGCUUCACCUUUGCCCCACGUUCAGGUUAUUCAGCAGCCAAUUCAAAGCCAGUACUUGCAGCAUCUAUAUGCCCCUCAGCAGCAACACAUGUUUCUUCCAGGAAAUUUAACUCUUCAGCCCACUAUCCAAAGUAUUGGUGGUGCUCCUGCUGGAAUCAGUUUACAAUUGCAAGGAAAGGCUGUGGAAAACAAAGGAGCUCAACCCACAAUAAUAUCUGCAGCUCCAAUGCAGUCUGUAAGUAACUUACGUUCGUAUACAGUGAAAGCUGGGUUACACCUGCAAGAUUUAUCCUUAGUUUUUAACAGUUAUUUUUAAGCUCCUUUCCCAUCCAUCCUAAUUUCAGCUUACAAUAUCCUGCCAGAUUGUGUUUUUAGAAUCAAGGUUAAUGCAAAUGAGUAAGAGUAGUAUUUAGGUCGAAAUUACACUGCUUUCAAGAGAGAGCAUCUGUGAAAGCUGGGUUACACCUGCAAGAUUUAUCCUAAGUUUUUAACAGCUAUUUUUAAGUUAAAGCUCCUUUCCCAUCCAUCCUAAUUUCAGCUUACAAUAUCCUGCCAG